CCAUCUGAUUUUUCUUCCUGACGAUUGUUGCUGGCGAACUUUCAAAUCUCGCUCCCAGAAAGAAGGACGACUCCUCCAAGGGCGAGCGCCGGGGUGGACCUGUCCUUGUAUACAGCUCCCCAUUUCAGCCCUGCCCCCCCCCCUCACCCGUGCGAGCCCCUCAUUUACUAGCGACACCAUGUUCGGUAAACAAGACGACAUUACGGUCCAGGAACAGCCCACAGAUCAGAAGAAUGUUGCUUCUUCGGAGAUAUCGCCUGUUCAGCCGUCUGAAGGAGCCGCCGCUGGGAAUGGCAAUGGUCAGAAUGUAUCAGAGGUGCCCGCAGCGGACAUCAUUGAUACCAAAAAGAAAGGGUUCCUCUCGUACUUUACAACAAAAGAAUUCUAUAUAAUUCUCAUUUUGGGACAGACUCUGGCAAUCACAAACACCGCUACCAGCACAUUGACUACCCUUCUUGGAAAUGAGGGAACAUCUAUCCCUGCGUUUCAGACAUUCUUCAAUUAUGUUCUGCUGAAUAUAAUCUUUACUCCAUAUACCAUCUACCGUUACGGCAUCAAGCGCUGGCUCCGCCUCGUGCUCAAGGACGGCUGGAAAUACAUUAUCUUUGCCUUCUUCGACGUCGAAGGUAACUACUUUAUAGUUCUGGCCUAUCGUUACACAACCAUUCUCAGCGCCCAAUUGAUCAACUUCUGGGCCAUCGUCGUGGUCGUGGUCGUCUCCUUCCUUUUCCUGCACGUGCGCUACCAUUGGGCGCAAAUCGGUGGUAUCUUAAUCUGUAUCGGCGGCAUGGGCAUCCUCAUCGCUUCCGACCACAUCACGGGUUCCAACGGCGGUGACUACUCCAAAGGCGACCAGGUUAAGGGAGACUUGUUCGCUCUGCUAGCUGCCACUAUGUACGGUCUUUCCAACACAACGGAAGAAUACUUCGUUAGCACACGACCGAUGUACGAAGUGAUAGGCCAACUCUCCUUCUUCGGCAUGAUCAUCAUGGGCGCCCAGGCCGGUAUCUUCGACCGCCAGUCCUUCCGCGAUGCAGUCUGGAACGGCAAAGUCGGCGGCUACUUGACCGGUUACACGCUCUGUCUUUCACUCUUCUACAUCCUCGCUCCCAUCAUGUACCGUCUCUCCUCGGCGGCCUUUUUCAACAUCUCUCUCCUAACGGGUAACUUCUGGAACGUCUGCAUCGGGAUCAAAGUCUUCCACUACAGCGUACACUGGAUGUACCCUAUCGCCUUCGUCCUCAUCAUCAUCGGCCAGAUCAUCUACUAUCUCGGCCGCACCGUGUUGGGAGAAGCGCGUAAGCCCUGGCUAGGCCGCAACCAGGAGAAAGGUGUCUCCGGCAUCUUCACAGCAAGAAGGAAGAUUGAUACUGAAAUCCCUCACGAGCGCAGAGCAUCAAUUAGUCCUGCGUGAAGCGAGGGGAUAUCUCCAAAAGAAACUCUUCGCUUUUUCUUCACUAAGACUUGAUGAUGAAUAUUUACGCAUACGUAUACGAAUAUAAGGACACUUCGGAGACGGGAAAAAAAGCAAAGAAAGAAAGAAAGGGAAGGCGGGGUUCAGUACACAAGAACCGCAUAUAUAACUAAUUCACUGAGAGAGAAGGGGAAAAAAAAAAAAAAAAAAAA